UUUCCACAAAGAUUAAAGCAAAAUAAGUUUGAUAAAGAUUUUGAAAAAUUUGUUAAACUUUUCAAACAAUUGCACAUUAACAUUCCUUUUGCCGAUGCUAUUUUGCAGAUUCCAUCUUAUGCUAAAUUUCUCAAGGAAAUCAUGACUAGAAAAAGAAAGUUGGAAGACUGCGAAACAAUAGCAUUAACGGAGGAAUGUAGUGCAAUUAUUCAAAAUAAGCUACCACCGAAGUUGAAGGAUCCGGGGAGUUUUUCUAUACCUUGCACCAUAGGUAACGUUGAUUUUUCUAAGGCUUUGUGUGAUCUUGGUGCUAGUGUAUCAUUAAUACCUUUAACGGUGGCUAGACAAUUGGGUUUGCAUGAGCUUAAACGCACUAAUAUUACUUUGCAACUAGCGGAUCGGUCUAUUAGAUAUCCAUUGGGAGUGUUGGAGAAUGUAUUGAUAAAAGUUCAAAAAUUUAUCAUUCCAGUAGAUUUUGUGGUAUUAGAUAUGGAAGAAGAUAUAUCUAUGCCAAUUAUUCUAGGUAGACCAUUUCUAGCUACUGCAGGUACUAUUAUUGAUGUCAAAAAUGGCAAGCUUAAGUUUCAAGUAGGUGAAGAAGAGGUAGAAUUUAAUUUGAAUGAAAUGGAAAAAUACCCGUAA